UCCUGCUGAGCUGGAGCUGAUAAUGGUGCUCCUGGCAGAGCACUGGCUGCCUGGUGCCAUUGGGGUUGGGGCUAUGAAGGGAGGUACCAUAGCUUGGGAAGUGUCUGGGGACUGUCACUAACCAGCAGAAAGGGAGGCUGGUGAAGGGCAGGGAGGCAUCAAUGGAUGGGAAUCAUGCCCUCAGUGACUGUGGGGCCAGGCAGAAUCUGGCUGUGCCUCUUGCAAGCACAGCACCACAUCUCCCAUCCCACCAUUCCCCUUCCAGCUGGUUGCAGAUCAUCCCCCUCCACCCAGCUGGGGCAGGGGCACCUUUCCAGGGAGGGGAUGUUUCAUCCUUGUGGUGAUGCCCAGUUUAGGAUGAAGAUGCUCCAGCAUUUGCUGGUUAGGGCCAUCAACCCCUUGGCAGGAAUGUGGGGAGAAAGGGAAAGCAAAAAGGCUGGAGCUGGUCAUGGGAAGGAGCCACAAGGGAAACGCCGCAGCUCUGGCGGUUGCUGCCGUUGCUGUGGGCUGGGACAGGAGGUCACUUGCCAGCCCACAGGAAGGCGUGAGGGGUUCCCAGAAGGGAAAUGAGGAACAGCUCUUGCCUCAGAAGUGGCCACAAGCCCUGGGGUAGGGCAGAGCUGCCGGGACAAGGGGAGCAGAGUGUGCUGGGAUGGCCAGGUGCAGCCAGGAGACUCCACAAAGUGGCAUGAACUUGUUCCUGGGCACUGUCCUGCUGCUCCUGCUGCUGCCUGAUGUUGCCGUAGGACAGAACAGCUGUUCUGGUGAGUGCUCCCCUCCCACUCCUACCCUCGCUCCCAGUGCCCACCCGGUGCUGCCCAGUGCUCACCUGCUGCCCCUCCCAGCCCUGGCUCGGGGUGAUGAGCACCCCGAGUGCUGCAACAUGACGGUGAAGCAGCAGAGCCCCGGCGACAGCCGCCACGUCCUCGGCUUGUCGCAGCGCUGCCCGGAGCUGUGGCGCUCCGCCAGCCGCGCCUGUGCCUGCCUGCGGGAGCGCUCCUUCAGGCUGCUGCAGUCGGGGCAGCACAACUGGCUGGAUGGGCUCAAGACGCUGCUCAUGUUUGUCACCAGGGCUGUCCCCCGUGACAUCCUCAUCGCCUUCUCCCCCACAGAGGGCCCCAGCAGGCUGAACACCACAGAGGAAGGGAAUACAGGUAAAAUCCACCUCCCCAAGGAGAUAUUCCAGUCCCUGAGUAACAAAGCGGUGCCUGUGGUGGUGACAGUCCUCAAUAUCCAGCAGCUUGGCAUGUUCAAGGAAAACAACCAGACAGCUCAAGUGCUGGACAACACCGUGGUGGGCAUCACAGUGGGAGAGAGCAGCAUCUCGGGGCUGCAGGAGCCUGUGCAGCUCACCUUCACCCACAGGGAGCUGCCCCAAGGCAUCACCCCCCAAUGUGUCUUCUGGGAUCCCAGCAAAGGGCAGGCUGGAGGCUGGUGCAGCAGGGGAUGUGUCACACAGCCCGGGGACAAGGGGACAGUCUGCUCCUGUGACCAUCUCAGCUUCUUCACCCUCCUCCUCCUGAACCCAGCUCUGGAUGGCUCCACAGCAAAAGCUUUGACAGCUGUUGCCACCGCUGGUUGUGGAGUAGCCAUAGCUUUCUCCAUCUUCACCAUGGCCUUCUGCAUCUUCAUAAGGUGCAGGUUCAGGUUUGAGGAGACCGUCCGCAUCAACCUGGGGCUGCACACGAACCUCAUGGGCAGCCUGUUCCUCCUCAACCUGGCCUUCCUGCUCAACAGUGGGCUCGCUGGCAGGACCCAGCCAAGCACCUGCAGGGUCCUGGGGGGGUUCACCCACUACUGCCUGCUCUGCUGCUUCACCUGGACGGCGCUGGAGGGCUGCCAGCUCUACCUGCUCUUCGUCAAGGUCCUCGGCAUCUACAUCCACCGCUACCUGGCCAAGCUGUGCCUGGUGGGCUGGGGCUUCCCUGUUCUUGUGGUGGGAGUAGCAGGAGCUAUUGGCAGCUAUGGAGAAUACUGCAUCCAGAGCAUGGACCACCAGGACAUAGCCCACCUGUGCUGGAUCACUUCUGAACAUCUUCUGGUCCACUACAUCACCAACUGUGGCUACUUUGGCCUCAUCUUCCUCUUCAACAUGGCUAUACUUGGGGUGGUGACCCAGAAGAGCUGCAGCUUGCAGAGCACUGGGGCAGUGCAGGGAUAUCAAAAACCCUGGAAGGUUGCUCUGGUGGCAGCAGGGCUUUUCUGCCUGCUGGGAGCCACUUGGGCCACGGUAUUCCUCACCUAUGGCAUCUCCUCCACAGCCGUGCUCUACCUCUUCACCAUCCUCAACUCUUCCCAAGGAAUCUUCAUAUUCAUCUGGUUGGUCGUCCUCUACUACCCAAAGACCAGGGAGACCACUGGUUCCCUCUCCUACAUCAUCAGACAUGACAAAACUACCACAGCUUCCCAGGACUAGCUCCUGGCUGGACAUCUCUUCCUGCCUGCACCUGCAUCCACUGAGAGCAAGCUUUGAUCCUGGCAGAUGCAGCUUCCUCACAGAGGCUGAAAUCAGUUAACCAUGCCUCAGUUUACCCUCCAGUGGGCAUGAUCCACCUCAGCAGGGCUCUUUGCUUUGUCCCUUUCAUUCAUGGUGGACUGCCCUGGGCAAGGAGUUCCAGAGAUGAUGCUUCUACAAAGUCCCUCCAGGCUGCAGUUCCAUGGUCUUGAGGUGCCCCUGAUCUCAUUCCCCAAGGGACAAGGAGGAAGCCCACAAAGCACCUGCCUUCAGCCAGGAUGGACCCAUCACCUUUUUGCUAGAGGUGGCUUUUGGUGCUGAAUCAGCCUGGUAGUGAGUUUCCUGCCACUGGAGAGAGAGGACUGGCUUGCUCCAGCCCAGAUGUGGGAGAUUUGCAUCUGGGAAUCAGCAAAAAGAAGAGAAAAUCCAUGAGCUUCUUUGCAAAACAUCUUCUUGCUCUCUGGCAGAGAUCUGCUGCAUGUCCUUCCUCCAAAACAGCCUCUGGGGCCAGCAGCUAUUCCUUCAUGGACAUUGUGCUCCAGCCAAAAUACACACACAGCUGCCUUGAAGGGCAACUAUUGUCUUCUCCUGAUCUGUGUUUUGGUAUUAAAUCCCUGGCAGCUGUCUGA